UCGCAGGGCCCGUGCCGUGGGGUGCUGCGGCGUGGGGCUGGGGUCCUGCACCUCCAAACCGGCGCGUCCCCCCGGGUCCCGGCGGCCUCUCCACGCAGGCCUUUCCCCCCCGUGGGCAGGCUGGCGUGGGGAUGCGUGUGCACGCGCUUCCCACGCCCCAGGCCUCCCGUGACGUCCCGGCUUCCUCCGCCGUCCUUGCGUCACCGCGGGAGGAUGUUGCUCGACUCGGGGAGCGGGGCCGAUAACCCAGCCGGGGCACGUCGGAUGGCGAGAGCAACCUUUGCCUCUCCUCUUCUUCGUCCUCAUCCCCGGGGAUGCUGCAUCCGCACCCUGAGCCAUGUCCGCCGGGGAUGUGGAGCCCGGGAACCAGGGCCGGACAUGCUGCCGGAGGCUGCCUCGAAGCCAGGAUUCCCAGUGCCCUGCGGCAAUGCUCGGGCUGGCCGAGGGCACGGCGUCGCAUCCGCCGCCUUGCUGGCCUCGAGGGCUGUGACGCCAAGGCAAAAGGGACCGGAUGGGUGUGCUUGCCCAGAGCUGGAGGAGUCCGUCCCGCAGCCCGCGCUGGUGCUCGGGAAACGUAGCGCUCCCAGGCUUUCUCCUCCACCACACCUCCCUCUUAUCAGCGCCGCUCCUGGGAGUGGUACUGCUAUCUCCAGGGCGACCAAGCAGUUCCUGGAGGAGAUCAACAAGUGGACGGGUCAGUACAAUGUGUCUCCGCUCUCCUGGAAUGUGGCCGUCAAGUUCCUCAUGGCCCGCAAGUUCGACGUCCUGCGGGCCAUCGAGCUCUUUCACUCCUACCGGGAGACGCGGUUGAAGGAAGGCAUCGUGAAGCUGAAACCGCACGAGGAACCGCUGCGCUCAGAGCUGCUCAGUGGCAAGUUCACCAUUCUGAGCGUGCGGGACCCCUCGGGAGCCUCCAUCGCCCUCUUCACGGCCAAGCUGCACCACCCCAGCAAGAGCGUGCAGCACGUGGUGCUCCAGGCGCUCUUCUACCUGCUGGACCGAGCCGUGGAGAGCUUCGAAACCCAGAGGAACGGGCUGGUGUUCAUCUACGACAUGGCGGGCUCGCAGUACACCAACUUCGAGCUGGACCUCAGCAAGAAGAUCCUCAACCUGCUGAAGGGUGCUUUCCCGGCUCGGCUGAAGAAGGUUUUCAUCGUGGGAGCGCCCAUGUGGUUUCGCGUCCCUUAUUCCAUCAUCAGCCUGCUGCUGAAGGAGAAGCUGCGGGAGCGGGUGCAGAUGGUGAAGAUGUCGGAGCUGAAGGAGCACCUGCCCCGCGAGUGUCUCCCCGAGUACCUCGGGGGGUCCCUCAAACUGGACCCUCUGAGCUGGAACUGCCGGUUCCUGCCCCAGCAGAACGGGCACCCCGACCCCCUGGACGAGCUCAUCCUGGUGCCGCUGGUGGCCCCCAAAGAUAACGGCUCCGUCCACGUCCCCGGACCCAAGUCCGUCACCCUCCAGGAGCUGCUGGAUCACGUCAGCCACAAGCAGAAACGGGGCAUCUACGAAGAGUACGAAGAUAUUCGGCGGAGGAGCCCGGCCGGCACCUUCGUCUGCUCCUUGGCACCCUACAACCAGGAGAAGAACCGCUACGGGGACGUGCCCUGCCUGGACCAAACCCGCGUCAAGCUGGCGAAGCCGUACAGCCGCCCGGAGCUGACCGACUACAUCAACGCCAGCUUCAUGGACGGCUACAAGCAGAGGAACGCUUACAUCGGGACUCAGGGGCCUCUGGAAAACACCUACGGUGACUUCUGGCGCAUGGUGUGGGAGCAAAACGUCCUGGUGAUCGUGAUGACAACGCGGCUGGAGGAGGGUGGCAGGAGAAAGUGCGGCCAGUACUGGCCCCUGGAGAAGGAUUUCCAGGUGUGCUUCGGGGCCCUGACCAUCACCAACCUGGGCGUGGAGAACCUCAACCAUUACAAGAAAACCAUCCUGGAGAUCCACAGCUCGGAGACCAGGGAGCGGCGUCUGGUGUCCCACUUCCAGUACCUGAGCUGGCCGGAUUACGGCGUCCCCUCCUCCGCGGCCACUCUCAUCGACUUCUUGGGGGCCGUGAAGCAGCAGCAGAGGGUGGCGGUCAGCUCCCUGGGACCUCGCUUCAAGGGUCACCCUGGGGGACCCCCGAUCGUGGUGCACUGCAGCGCCGGCAUCGGCAGGACAGGUACCUUCUGCGCACUGGACAUCUGCCUGUCCCAGCUGCAGGACGUGGGCACGCUGAACAUCUACCAGACGGUGCUGCGCAUGCGGACCCAGCGCGCCUUCAGCAUCCAGACCCCCGAGCAGUAUUACUUCUGUUACACCGCCGUCCUCGAGCACGCCCAGCGUGAGGGGCUGCUGCUCGCCAACCACAGCCGCGCCGGCCAGGAGAAGAGCUCGCCGGGACACUGAGACCCGCCACCUCCCUGCGGGACAACCCCCUCCCCCCCCCCAAACACCACCCCCCCCCAGACACCCUUUUCCCAUCCUCCCGGGAUUGCCGGAGCCGACUCGGCGCCCGUCGGGAUUCGUCGUGGCGACGGUGCCGGAGCAGGGAGGCGGCUGCCCAUUCCUCGACGAUUAGCACUGCUGCGGAACUGUGCCUUAUCCAAACCAAACGGGGGCUGCCGCUCGCCGGGGGGGGCGGAGGACGGUGCGGGAAGAGGCUCUCGCUCCUCUCCGCGGUGUUUCUGUUGGGGGGGGGGGUUUGGUUGGUUGGGGAGGUGGUUUUUCUUCUCUUUGAGGGUUUUUUUUUUUAUUUUAUUUUAUUAUUUUAUUAUUUUGUUGUUGUUGUUGGGACCAUCGAAAAUAUAUCUAGAGAAGGGGCUUUGUAAAGCCCUUGGAAAAUGUAUUUCCAGUCCUGCCCCGGCCUGGGGCUUAGGAAAAGGCGCCUACUUCAGUCUUACCUGCCACUAAGUCUGUGUGUCUGUAUGUAUAUGUGUAUAUAAUAUAGCCUCGCUGUGCCCUACCCCGGCUAUUACAUAGAUACACAUAUAGAAGCAGCUCCUGGGGGUCCCUUGCGCGGCUAGGCGAGCCCGCAGCCCCGACGUCCGUGGGGAUGGCGAAGGACCCCUCGGAGAAGUUUCCAUCUAGAAACAUCUUCUCCGUGGCCAAUGUUUCCGUUGCGCUUUAGGGAACAAAUCUUCCCGGCUGCGUGACGGGGCUGGGCAGCCCAGGUGGGGCUGGCGGAGAUGGGCUUAGGUGUGAAAAAGGGGCUGCCGGUGGCGAAGGGGCACGGCUGCUCUUCGUGCAGCCGCUGAGGAUGGGGCUGGCCCCGCCGUGCCAAGGGCUCUGGCUGGCGAGGGGGUUGCCCGUCCUUGGGAGCUGGGCUAGGAGAGAAACGGAAGGGGCUACCACAGGCAGCUGCCUCCGAUGAGGAGCAGCAGGUCCCUGCGACAAGGAAGGGUCCCUCCUAGCGGUCCCCGACUUCACGCGGCGCCGGGAGCUCGGCGCCUCCGUGGGCCGCGCGUGCGGGGAGCCUGGUGGGAGAGGAGCGCGGAGGCGCCCGCCAACCUGCUCCUGGGUGGGCGAGGGUCGGGCAGCCGGCACUGCGGAGGAGGAAGGGACGGAGGCAGAGAGAGGGCUCAGGGUGGUGAAGGUCUCCCGUGGGUGCCAGGAGGUGCGGGGAGUCGUGUGUCCAUCCCUGCCAUGCUUCUCCAGAUCUCUGCCUGCAUCCUUCCCGGCCCGGCCUCCGUCUCCCUUUCAGCCUGGCCGGAUCCCCCAAGAUUUUUGCUCUUCUGCCAACGCUGCCCCGUACCCUGCUGCCUUCCACUCUGCCUUUCUAUGGCUCUCCUGUUCUGGUAGCCCACCUGCUAUUAUUAUUUCAUUCCUCUUAUAUUACUCCCCAAAAAAUGCAUUUCCACGUCUCUGUCCGUCCAGCAACCUGUCUCUGUCGUCGGCGUGUCCCUCCAAUCUGCACCCCGUUGCUCUUGCAACGUCCUCCUGCCCGAGGCUGCCUGCCGGGUUCCCUCUCCUCGCGUCUGAGAGCUUACCUGUGCCGACAGAGCUGCUGGAGGGAGGGAGGGAGGAAGGGAACUCUUACCUUUCCAAUGGCGGUGGGGCCGUGCGAGGGGCGCGGAGGGAGUUCCCGCUUUCCUGCCGUCUCACCGCUGUGAUCCCUGGAGCGGUGAGUUUGGUCCUGGCUCUGUCUUGUCUUCCCCCCCACCCCCCAAGACUUUUUUUUUGCCCCUUUCCUGCCCCCCCCCCCUCGUGGGCAGCAUUGGUACCCGGUACCUGCUCCGGCACCCAUCCCGUGGGAGGCACGGGGAUGCUCAGUUGCAUCCCCCCUGCUUUUUCCUUGUCUCAUCUUCCUCCUCCUCCUCUCCUGCUGAGGAUCUGGAGGAUUUUGGCUGGGGGGGGUGGGGGCAGGAGCUCGCCAGCGUCCCCUACCCCUUGGGGCACAGCCACUGGAGUCACUAGGUACGAGGCGAUGAGGACGGGGACCGACCGGCUCUCCGAGUCGCCUGGCUUUCCCAAGCCGGCAGUGGUAACCUGCGGGCCCAGCCCGGCGGUGAGUCACAGGCUGGAAAAGCACUGAGCAAAAAAAAAAAAAAAAAAAAUAAAAAAAACCCCUAAAACCUCGGGGAGGCAGCGAGCCGACCUCCAGGGCCCCUGUCCCUGCCAUCGCCCCGGCCCCCUGCCCCUCCGUGCUGGGGCCGCAGCACCUGGGCUCAGUAACUUCAUACUGUAAUAAGCUCUUGGAUUGUGUGUAUUCUUAUUUUUUUUAUAAUCUCGGGGAGGGGUGGGUUGUUGGUUGGGGUUUUUUUCAUUUUGGGUUGGUUUUUUUUUGUUGUUGUUGUAUUUAACAUUAACUUGAUCUAAGCAAGAGCCAGAAGUAUUUGUAAAUGUUCCUAUUUUGCUCUCAUUCAGAGAAAAGUUUUUGUUGUUGUUACUUUUUGGGGUUUUGUUUUAGUUUUAUUUGUAUCGACAUAUAAAU